UCGUCUUGCUUGACUUUCUAUGGCGAUCCAGUCCACGCACGCAUCAACACCGUACGACAGCGACCCCGAGCAGAGCCGAGGCGCCCCGCCUCAUCUCACCUCUUUCUUCUUUGAUCGAGCUUGCUCGCCGUGCAGGCAAGCUCCUCUCUGAAUCGGACGAACAUUCAGUUUCGUCCUUGAAUCGGUUCCCUGCGCCCGAUUUCUUCGUAUCCGGCAGAGGAUUAGCUUCCAUCAGGCCAUAGGCAGCCAAAUGGGGAGGUAUUUCCCAGCGGUGGCCGCGGCUAUGGUGGUGUUCUUGCUGCUGUCUACGGCUUCACAUGGAGGACGGAUAGAACCCAAUAUCAAGAACAGCGAGCAGUCUUUUGUUUUUAACUAUACUCUGGCCAAGGCUAUCGUGGAAUAUGCCUCAGCUGUGUAUAUGACGGACCUAACAGCUAUGUACACAUGGACAUGCUCAAGAUGCAACGACUUGACUCAAGGCUUUGAGGUUAGAUGUAUAAUUGUGGAUGUCGAGAACUGCUUGCAGGCCUUCAUCGGUGUUGAUCGUAACCUCAAUGCUAUUAUCGUUGCAAUCAGGGGAACUCAGGAGAACAGUGUGCAGAACUGGAUUGAGGACCUGGUAUGGAAGCAGGUUUAUCUAAACUAUCCAAACAUGCCCGAUGCAAAGGUUCACACUGGAUUUUACUCUGCUUACAAUAAUACGCUUUUACGUCCAGUCAUCACAAAUGCUGUUCGCAAGGCAAGGAAAUUAUACGGAGAUAUGAGCAUAAUAGUUACAGGGCAUUCAAUGGGAGGAGCUAUGGCUUCUUUUUGUGCACUUGAUCUUGCUAUUAGCCUUGGAAGUGACGAUGUUCAUCUCAUGACUUUUGGGCAACCGCGUAUUGGCAAUGCUGUUUUUGCCUCCUACUUCGCAAAAAUUGUACCCAACACGAUCCGUGUGACGCAUGAACAUGAUAUUGUCCCUCAUUUGCCACCUUAUUUCUCCUUCCUUCGAGACCUAACGUACCACCAUUUCCCUAGAGAGGUGUGGGAACAUACUGUUGAUGGCAACACAACCUUCCAAGUCUGUGAUGAGAGUGGAGAAGAUCCGGAUUGCUGCAGGAGCGUGUUUGCGUUGUUCCUGAGCGCUUCAGACCAUCUGACCUACAUGGGUGUCGAUAUGGGAGCAGACGACUGGAGCACCUGCAGGAUCGUCAUGGCCCAUAGUGUUGAGCAACUCCGAUCGUAUCUCACGAGCAAUAUUAUCAUGUCGAAGAACCCUGUCGAUGUCAUCUUUGUGGAUCAUAGUGUCCAGAUUGAUCUAAGCACUUCCAGCUAGUUACUAUUCACACACACAAGCUGCUGUACAGAGUUGCCAGCAUAGCUUCAUUCUUUUCUUGCUACGUUAGUCGAUAGAUAUGUGGUUCUUUAAUUUGGGGCCUGAUGCAGAGAGAUGUGCAGAGCCUUCAAGUGUGACCUCUUUGGUUCAUAGGAAACGUAGGAUAUGUCGUGGAUGCUGAAUUCUACAGAAAUUAAAAACGCUAGAAUCUGUAAUAUAAAAUGUAUAGUUCGUGGAUGUUGAAUUCUACGUAAAACUGAAAAUUCAAGAAUCUGUGCGGAGUAAUAUAAAAUUUAUAGUUGUCAGAUUGC